UUUUAAUUUUCAUGUCUACCAGUUUGGUUGUUGAAAUCUCAUUUUCAAGAAACAAAAACUCGACACUCAACGGAAAUGCGGAAACCAGUGGCAGCCAUUUUGCUUUUCAAGUUGUUGUCUUCAUUUCUGUUCCUGUUUUCUUUCUUCUUUCCAGUUUUUAGCUUCUCUGGUUUCCAUGGCUCAUCUCCUGGUCUUAGACCAACAACCAGCUUCAAAACAAGCCCUGCCCCUGCCUCGUUUCACACCACCCGCUUCCUCCAAGCUUUUUCUCCCAGAAACGAUAUGAUUUCAAGUCCGGAGAGUUUACAUAAGAAGAAGAAGAUGCAUCAUUCAAUAAAGGGGCCAUUGAAGGAGGAUUUCACAUUCCCUGCUGGUUCUGCUCCAUUCAACAGUUGUCAUUCUUCUACCAUUGUUGAGGUUGGUAAGGAUCAUUUCUUAGUUGCUUAUUAUGGAGGAACAUCUGAAGGAGCACCGGAUGUGAAGAUUUGGUUGCAGAAAUACGAGGGUGGCCUUUGGUAUCCACCUAUUGUUAUUGAUGAAGAACCUAAUGUUCCAAUGUGGAACCCUGUACUAUUUAAGCUUCCAUCGAAUGAGGUGCUGUUAUUCUAUAAAGUAGGCCUGGAUGUUCAAAAAUGGAGUGGCUGCAUGAAGCGAUCAUUCGAUAAGGGUGUUACUUGGACACUCAGGGAACAGCUACCACCAGGCAUACUCGGUCCGUCUAAGAACAAGCCUCUCUUGUUGGGGAACGGGAAUUUACUCUGUGGAUCGUCUGUGGAGAGUUGGAAUUCCUGGGGAGCAUGGGCCGAGGUCACGUCAGAUUCGGGACAAACCUGGAAGAAAUACGGCCCGAUCUAUGUUAAAAACGAAACCCUCAGCGUGAUUCAACCGGUUCCUUACUUAACUGCAAAAGGCACCCUGCGUCUUUUAAUGCGAUCUUUUAACAACAUUAGCAGGGUUUGCAUGGCGGAGUCAUUCGACGGUGGACAGAAUUGGGGUUAUGCCAUACCUACAGAGCUCCCCAACCCAAACUCAGGUAUCGAUGGCGUCAAGCUGAGAGACGGUCGCCUGUUACUUGCUUAUAAUACAAUCUCAAGGGGUAUACUUAAAGUUUCGGUAUCGAAAGAUGAUGGUGAUUCAUGGCAGGAUAGCCUGACAUUGGAAGACACUCAAGGAAUGGAAUUCUCAUAUCCUGCUGUUAUCCAGGCUAAUGAUGGAUUAGUUCACAUCAGUUACACUUAUAACAGGACCCAGAUUAAGCAUGUUGUUGUUCAACCAAAUUGACCAAGUGCUACAGCUACCUGAAUCUCCUUUUUCAUGAAACUAUCUGCUGCUAGUGCUGCAGCUUUAGAUAUCAAAUUGUAAUGUAAAAAAACUAAGUGAUUAUAAAUGAGUCUACAUUUCA